AUGGAGAUGCAACUUUUUCUAAGAGAGGCCUUGAGACUGCGUGAGUUCUACCACGAAAGCGGCGAUGAUUGGCAUCGAAUGAAGUUGGUAGAAGAGCUGAAAAAUGAGGGCAAGGAGGAAGUUGUUUGUGAGGAUUGCGAGGAACCUGUCGUAUUGGGUCCCGCUUUCAAAUGCAGCGUCUGCCUAUCACUGUCUCAUUUAUCAUGCGGGCGAUGGGAUGAUCCCCGGGAUACAACCAUUAAUUUUCAUUUCGGUGGUAGGCAUGAAUAUGAUGAGUUGAUGUUAACAGAAGAGCUGAAAAAUGAUGGCAAGGAGGGAGUUGUUUGCCUCGUGUGUGAGGAGCAAGCAGAGGGUCCCGGAUACAAAAGCUCUGCCUCGGAAUGCAACUUUCGGUUCCACAAAUCAUGCGCCCAGCAGCCUCGCCAAAUGUACCACCCUUCACACUCAAACCAUGUCCUUAUUCUUCAGCUGCCAAGGUCAUAUUCCAGUUAUUGUAAUGUUUGCGGUAAAUGGUGUCAUAGAAGCCUCUUUUACCGUUGCAAUGAGUGUAAUUUCAACAUUGACAUCACAUGUGCUACCCGCAUGCUAAUUACUACUACCGAUGACUGCCAACACGCAUUCGUCCCAUUCCUAAAGAAGAUCAACUUCACUUGUGAAGCCUGCGGUCGAGAAGGCACGGACUUUGCCUCCUUAUGUACCAUUUGUCGACUCUUCAUUCACUCCAGAUGUGUUGGAUUUUCACGCACCAUUAGUAUUGAAAGACACGAUCAUGCCCUGACUCUUAUCUAUUCCCUUCAUCGUCAAGUCAAAGAUUUCAGCCACAUAUUUUGUAAAUUAUGUGGUCAAAAGGUGAAGACAGAGUAUGCAGCCUUCUAUUGUCAAAAAUGUGAUUUUGUGACACAUUUAUACUGUACAGAGCCAUAUAGACUCGAUGAUAAAGAUCUCGAGUAUCUGCCGGAAAAAUCUGUUGAUGUUAUGGAGAAGAUCAACCCAAGUGAGAUACAACAUUUUAGCCAUCCACAUAAUCUAAUUCUUAGCCAUGAGGAGGUCCUCGAUGGUAAGCUUUGUGAUGGUUGUAUGCAUUUUAUAAUCUCGGCUCCGUUCUACGAUUGUACUCAAUGCAACUUUUUUCUUCAUACUACAUGUGCUCAACUACCAAAAGAGAAGAAACACAUAAUUCAUCAGCAUAGGCUCACCUUCCUCCCACAUGCACCUAACAGUGAUGGAGUAUUCACUUGUGGCGCUUGUGGACAUUCUUGUCAUGGCUUUGUCUAUAGAUGUGACGUGUGUAACUACCACCUUGAUGCCCAAUGUAGUUCAAUUUCGGAAACCUUGAAACAUGAAGGUCACCAACACUCCCUCUUACUUGCUAUAAUUUCUAAUAAAAGUUGCAAUGCUUGUGAUCAUGGUUACAAGCAUUCCAAGGAAGAUGGGGUAUUUGUAUGCACUACUUGCGAUUUUGCUUUGGGUUUUGAAUGUGCAACACUUCCACUUGUAGCUAGACACAAAUAUGACGAACAUCCCCUUGUACUCACUUAUGUUGCUGAAGACAAAUCCGUAGAAUAUUAUUGUCUAAUUUGCGAAGAAGAAAUGGAUCCUAAAUACUGGUUUUAUUAUUGUGCAAAAUGUGACUUUCUUGCUCAUCGUCAAUGUGUUCUAGGAAAAUAUCCAUACAUCAAGUUUGGAAGUACUUACGAAGAUAAAAAUCACCGGCACCCUAUCACUUUUGUUCGAAAGACUGGGUCCUCCCCUCCAUGUGAUGCUUGUGGCAAGACUUUCGACGGCAUGGCCCUUGAGUGCACUCAAUGCAAGUUCAGCGUCCACGGCAUGAAUUCCGAGUGUAUGCAAAAAAUAAGUACCGAAGUGCUACAUCCAUAA